GGCGUCUCGUUCGGCUUUCCUUCCACCUUCAGAGUAUCCUAUUCCAGGUGCCUCCCUGUCUCCCGCUCGAAAGCACACACGCGAGGUCCUUCAUCUAUCCCCCGGAGCUAGAUCAGCGGGAAGAAUACGCGCAAGAAUGUUCGGGUCUAGACGCAGGCAAUAGCACGGACAGCUACCCUUCUAGAAGGUUCUAGGCGGUGCACAAGUCCAGAGGCAGAGAGGGAGUGGGAAUGAGCGAGCGAAGGACCGGGGUCACGAGGCCGUUGGGGGGGAGGAGCCAGCGGCCGGGGAGGUUCUAGUCUGUUCUGCCUCGCGGCAGCCGCCCCCUUCUACUCGGUCACGUUGAGCCGCGCCCGGGCCUGGCCUCGGGUCUCCACCGCCGCCCGCCGCCUCCUCCCGCCUCCCGCCUCCCGACCAUGGAUCCCCGCAAAGUGAGCGAGCUUCGGGCCUUCGUGAAGAUGUGUAAGCAGGAUCCGAGCGUCCUGCACACCGAGGAAAUGCGUUUCCUGAGGGAGUGGGUGGAGAGCAUGGGGGGUAAAGUACCACCUGCUACUCAUAAAACUAAGACAGAAGAAAAUACCAAGGAAGAAAAAAGAGAUACUAAGACAGAGGAAAACAUAAAGACGGAUGAACUAUCAAGUGAGGAGAGUGAUCUAGAAAUUGACUGUGAGGGUGUAAUUGAGCCAGACACUGAUGCCCCUCAAGAGAUGGGAGAUGAUAAUGCAGAGAUCACUGAGGAGAUGAUGGAUCAAGCAAAUGAAAAGAAGGGGGCUGCCAUUGAGGCCCUAAACGAUGGUGAGCUGCAGAAAGCCAUUGACUUGUUCACUGAUGCCAUCAAGCUAAAUCCUCGCUUGGCAAUCCUAUAUGCCAAGAGAGCCAGUGUGUUCAUCAAGUUACAGAAGCCAAACGCUGCCAUCCGAGACUGUGACAGAGCCAUUGAAAUAAACCCUGACUCAGCUCAGCCAUACAAAUGGCGAGGGAAAGCACACAGACUGCUGGGUCACUGGGAAGAAGCAGCUCAUGACCUUGCCCUUGCCUGUAAACUGGAUUAUGAUGAGGAUGCCAGUGCAAUGCUGAAAGAGGUUCAACCUCGGGCUCAAAAAAUUGCUGAACAUCGGAGAAAAUAUGAGCGAAAGCGUGAAGAGCGAGAGAUAAAAGAAAGGAUAGAAAGGGUGAAGAAGGCUCGAGAAGAGCAUGAGAGAGCCCAGAGGGAAGAAGAAGCCAGAAGACAGUCCGGAGCUCAAUAUGGCUCUUUUCCAGGUGGUUUUCCUGGGGGAAUGCCUGGUAAUUUCCCGGGAGGAAUGCCUGGAAUGGGAGCGGGCAUGCCUGGGAUGGCAGGAAUGCCUGGACUCAAUGAAAUCCUCAGUGAUCCAGAGGUUCUUGCAGCCAUGCAGGAUCCAGAAGUCAUGGUGGCUUUCCAGGAUGUGGCCCAGAACCCAGCAAAUAUGUCAAAAUAUCAGAGCAACCCAAAGGUUAUGAAUCUCAUCAGUAAAUUGUCAGCCAAGUUUGGAGGUCAAGCGUAAUGUUAAACAGAGCCCUUGCUGAAUGAAGAGCAGCUUAGCUCACUUACUGGAUGUUGCAAUAAUACAAACCAGUGUACCUCUGACCUCAUCGGGAGAGCUGGGGUGCUUCGAAGAUUCUCCCUACCCUUCUGCAUCAACUGCGGCUGAAGCAUUUUACAGUGGUUUGCCAUUAGGGUCUUCAUUCAGAUAAUGUUUUCCUACUAGGAAGUACAAACCUAAAACACUCUUCAACCUUAAACAUUUUUAAAAAAUUUGGGGGUGUUAAUUCCUACAUUUUUCUUUACUAAUCUUUUUGGGUUUUUCCUUUGAAUUACUGGGCAAGGAAGCUGAAUAUGGUCGACUUACUGCUCUCAUGAAUGGAAAUAAAGAUUUGUUAGUGGGAAGCAAAUAAAACCCAUUUAAGUUGAUUGAGUGGGACAUAUGGUUACUGAAGCAUCUUGAUUUGUCUUUUUUUUUUUUUUUUUUUUAAUGUUUUAUUUCACAAUGAUCUAUUUCAGUGAAUCUCUUGGGACCACCAAUAUUUGGAUCUGACUUGGGUAGGACUGAAGUGUUGGACAGAGCAGCAGCAAGUCCUCGGUUUUGUUUGACCUUGUGUAAGCUGCAUUGAAAUCUUACACUGUGCUGCAGGGGCGAUCUUUGUAUUAUUUUUUAAGUGUUACAGUGGAGUUAGAAUAUCUAGUUCUGCCAUUGUCACUGUUUCAAAUAAAUGUUCCAUAGCAUUCCCACAUAGUGGAAAAAGAGUGCUUUCUGUGUUUCUGUCAAAAAUGACCUUUCCUAUUAGAAAUACCCCUAUCUGCUUGUCCUCUUAAUCUUCUUGAGCUAAGAUAGUGGUUUUUCACUAACAUCAUCAGUUCUAUCAUUCACAGCGUAAUUGUGGAAGUAUAUUUAUUGCUAGUUUAAUUUCAUAUAGUACAUAUGGUAGUUGUAAGGUCAUACCUGUAACAGCUGUGGUCUUGUACUUGGACAUGGGGUUGCUUGUUUAAAUAUUACAGUUCUACACUUGUGAACUAUCAUAUCAGAAGACAUUGGACGGAGGGAUUCCCUUUGGUUUUAGAUAUGCUUAUGAAAUUGAGAAACAAUUGCGAAUUUAGAGUUCAUGUUGAAGUAUACAUCUUUGUAUUUUGAAGAGUUUAAAUUGUUUAUGUAUGAUGAAAGAUUCAUUCGUCCUAUUUAGCUCUUAAGUACUCCGAUGUGUUUAAUGCCUGUUUUCUCUCCUUCCUUCUGCUGCAAGGAUACAGGAAAAUGAUAUCCAGAGUGCAUAUUUAAAUUAGCACAUAUCUGAAAUCAUAUGUCUGUGUGCAGGUUUACCUGCUUCAUACAGCAGACACAGAUGCAUCUUGUUACAUGUGAGAAAAAGCAGUAUUUGAACAGAGCAUGCGUUUAAAGUCCUUGACAAACAUUCAUCCCAUAAUCUUAAAUUUGAAGUUUGCACGGUGUUCUUUUUGUUCAAGUGUGUUCUUUCAUAAAAUUCCAUGGUGUGCUGUGCUUUCCUGAAGAUCAGUUUCUUUUGGACUCUGACUAUACAUGACCUAAUUAUAUUCUAAUAUUGCAAAUACUACCAUAAAUGGGUGAAAUUGCUCUUCUGAUAACUGUGUCCUUUGCUUUUAGACUUCUGAGUUCCAUAGAUUAAAAAAAAAAUACAGUCUUCAUUUUUUUCAUAAAGACUCAGUAUCAUUUCUACACCAGAAAUAUUGUUUUGUUUUUUUUCACUAAAGAUACUAUAAGAAAAAUACUAUAAGAAGAUAGAGGGGUUUUCUGCUUAAAGAUAUGUGGUUAAUAUGCCUAAGAUGCUAAAAUAAAAUAUGGUUUCAAACUGGA